AUGAAGAAAAAGAAAAAGAGUCUUGUGGGUGGAGGAGGAAACAUUCAUAGUGUAGGUGAUGGUGCUAUUGGCAUGGCUACUCUCACUAGCAUAACAUGUAGUGGAGGUGGUGAUGGUCAUUUUGGUGGAGGAAGGGGUGGUGGUGGUGGUUUUGUUGGAGGAGGCGGUGGCGGAGGAGGAGGAGGUGGUGGUUUUGGUGGAGAAGGGGGUGGUGGUGGUGAUGGUUGUGGAGGUGGGGGUGGUUUUGGUGGAGGAGGGGGUGGUGAUGGCGGUGGUGCAGGAGGUGGAGGUGGUGAUGGCGGAGGAGGAGGAGGUAGCAAGCACCAGGAGGACCUUGCAAGAAAUGAUAACUAG